UCUGUCCCUUUGGUAGUGACCGAUUUUCACGCCGGGCAAGAUGGCGGCUGUACUGCCGAGGUGUAGGAGCCGCUCGGCAUGAAGUCAUUUUUUAAAUAAAUUGAUUAAAAUCAAACAAAUAUUUGAACACCGGCCUACAGGGAGCGUGUACCACUUACCACUCUUAACUUUCAUCGACAUCUAAUUGUAUUUGUUGUGAUAAGGAUUUUUUUCUGACAAAAUGAUAAUUGUAGUAGCUCGCUAAACUAGCUAACGUUAGCAAACGCCGGAGAAAGUGUAGAAUGGGAGAAAAGCUAGAACUCAAGCUGAAGUCGCCAGUUGGAGCCGAAGCUGCUGGCUACUCGUGGCCAUUACCAGUAUACGAUAAACACCAUGAUGCUGCUCAUGAAAUCAUUGAGACCAUUCGGUGGGUGUGUGAGGAGAUCCCGGACCUUAAGCUGGCCAUGGAGAACUAUGUCCUCAUCGACUACGACACCAAGAGCUUCGAGAGUAUGCAAAGACUUUGUGACAAAUACAACAGAGCCAUCGACAGCAUCCACCAGCUGUGGAAAGGCACCACCCCGCCCCUGAAGCUGAACAAACGGCCGUCCAACGGGCUGCUCAGACACAUCCUGCAGCAGGUGUACAACCACUCGGUCACGGACCCAGAGAAGCUCAACAACUAUGAGCCAUUCUCCCCUGAGGUGUAUGGUGAGACUUCCUUUGACCUGGUGGCCCAGAUCAUCAACGAGAUGGAAAUGAUGGAGGACGACACCUUCGUAGACCUCGGCAGCGGAGUGGGACAAGUGGUGCUGCAGGUUGCUGCAGCAACAAACUGUAAACACUACUUUGGUGUGGAGAAGGCAGACAUUCCAGCCACUUAUGCGGAGUCCAUGGACAAAGAAUUUAAGAGGUGGAUGAAGUGGUAUGGGAAGAAACACGGGGACUACUCGCUGGAGAGGGGUGAUUUCCUGUCUGAAGUGUGGAAGGAGAGGAUAGCCAACACAAGUAGUGUAAUUUUUGUGAACAACUUUGCUUUUGGUCCAGAGGUUGAUCACCAGCUGAAGGAGCGCUUUGCUAACAUGAAGGAAGGUGGGAAAAUUGUAUCCUCAAAACCUUUUGCACCUCUAAAUUUUAGAAUCAACAGUCGAAACUUGAGUGACAUUGGCACAAUAAUGAGAGUCGUCGAGUUGUCUCCGUUGAGGGGUUCAGUGUCCUGGACGGGAAAGCCAGUUUCCUACUACCUUCAUACGAUAGACCGCACCAUACUUGAAAACUAUUUUCAUAGUCUCAAAAAUCCUAAACUCAGGGAGGAGCAAGAAGCAGCUAGGCGUCGUCAAGAAAAGAAUAGUAAAAGCAACACCACCACACCAACCAAGGCAAAGGAGCACAAGGAUUCCUGUGAGGAGGUUGAGCGACCAGGCCUGUUGGCAGUCGUGAAGGCGCCACCCAAACCACGGCGCGCCAAACUCCUCAACAAGGGCCGCAAGCUGAGUGCUCGGAAGCGCGGGCGUCCCAAGAAGGCUGCUGUGGCCGCAGCUGAGCGAAAGAGCAAGAGCAGCCAGAGUGCCCUGGAUCUGCUGCAUGCCAAGACCCUCUCAGCAGCACCCCCUCAGGAUGCAUACAGGUCACCUCAAAGUCCCUUCUACCAGCUACCUCCCAAAGUUCAGCACUAUGCGUCUGGCCAACUUCUGCUGGGCCCCAGUCCUCCUGGCCUACAACAGCUUCUAGACAACAUUAAAGUCCAGUACCUCCAGUUCAUGGCCUACAUGAAGACACCUCAGUACCGCAACAACCUGCAGCAAGUCCUGGAGCAGGAAAAGCUCAAACACAGAGGGCUUUCUGGGCAGGCGGAGCAUCUGCAGACUGUGUGUCAGACCCACAAAGAGAAAAUCAAAGGGCUCUUCCACACCAAACUGGAUGAGCUGGGAGUGAAGGCCCUCACCAUGGAGGACCUAUUGGAGGCCCAGAAGGAGAUCUCGGCCCACAACUGUCAACUGAAGGAGCAGACCAAGCAGCUGGAGAGAGACAUGGCCGAGCUGAGGGAUCACAGCCUGCUCCUGUUGAAGUCUCGGUGUGAGGAGCUGAAGCUGGACUGGAGCUCUCUGUGUCUUGAGAGCCUGCUGAAGGAGAAGCAGGCCCUGCGUAGACAGAUCUCAGAGAAACAGCGCCACUGCCUCGAGCUGCAGAUCAGCAUCGUGGAACUGGAGAAGAGUCAGAGGCAACAGGAGCUGCUCCAGCUCAAGUCCUACAGUCCCUGUGAGGGCUCCCUCUACCACAAGGGCCUCCCCGGCCUUGAGGCCCUCCCUCGUCCUCCCCUGGACCACCACACCCCCAAACUCAGCCUGGCUGCGGCCGGCCUCAGCGGUCUCAGUCCCGAGCUGUCCAUCAACGGGAUCGCCUCGCCCUGCUUCCACAGGGGUGGUGGGGGGACCAAGGGAGAGCUGCUCUCCCGCUACCUGCCCAUCUCGCCCGACCACGAGAUUGUACCCCCCACCCCAGAUGCCCGGCACAGGCAGCUUGGUCACCCCCUCCCCGACUACACCCGCUACUCCCCAGCUAAGAUCGCCCUGCGCAGACACCUGAACCAGGACUGUAGUAUGGCACACUUCAGAGGCCUGGGCUUCACUGGUCUCAGGGAUAUGGUUGCCGUCACCUCUCCAUUAGGAGCUAAACUGAGCUGCCUGUCUCCCAACUCAUCAGACAGUCCGCAGAACAACACACCCAGGAGUGCUGAGAGGGGGGGCCAGGGUGACACCAUCACCAGCCUGCCCAUCAGUAUCCCCCUCAGCACGGUGCACCCCAGCAAGCUCCCUGUUAGCAUCCCCCUGGCCAGUGUGGUGCUGCCCAGCCGAGCUGAGAGACUGAGGAGCACACCGAGUCCUGUGUCCCAGAUGGGCCAGACCAACGGGUACUCCUCUAGCGCAGGGCUGAUGAACGGAGGCUCUCACUCUGAGGACCAGGACAGUGCUGCACCCUCCCCUCCCCCUCACGGUGCCCCUCUAACGGGACCAACACAAGGCCACAGCCCCCCUCUCAGCACCGGGGGGGUCCUCCAGUACGCUGACGGCCCCCCCAGAAUCCUCCCUGAGGACUGGGCUGAGCGGCAGGGCGAGUCUGACUCUGAGCCCCAGGACAGCGAGUCCAGACGCCGCAUGUUCUUCUCUUCCUCCUCUUCCUCGUCUUCAUCCUCUUCAGGGGGCGCAGCGACUCGCCUACACCUCGGCUCGGCCAGGCAAGGCAAACAUCACCACGGCAACCACAACACCAGUAACCACCACCACUCGCCGGGCUCCCAGCACACACACUCCCACGGCCAUGGAUCACAAGAGGGGCGCAAGCGUGGGAGGAGAAAGCGCAGCUCCACGGGGGCUCAACCUGCCAGCGGCUCCCCAAAGAGGAGGUCCUUUCCUGGGCUCAGCUCCACUAGCCAACCCUCAGGAUCCCCACUCAACAUCAACUCCAUGGUGAACAACAUUAACCAGCCUCUGGAGAUCGCUGCCAUUUCUUCCCCGGAGCAGUCUGGUUGUAGCCCCUGUGGGCCAGACAUGGACCAGCCUCCCGUACUGAAGAGAGAACGCCCUCUGGAGAUCAACGGCUCAGGACACUACUCCUCUGCGCCCAGCUCCGACGACGACUCUGGCUACCCUGCUGACAGCUCCAGCUCAAGAAUUGAAAGGAAGAUUGCCACUAUUUCCUUGGAGAGCAGAGAUGGAGCAGGCAGACCAGGGAACAGCGAGCGGGGAAGGAGAUCGGGAGGCAGCAGCGGGAACAGCACCGGCAGUGAAGUCUCCUCUUCAUCCUCAUCUUCCAACAGCAAGUGGAAGUCUACCUUCUCCCCCAUCUCAGACACCAAGCAGCCCCCAGGCGAGCUAAGGCAGGGGGGCUCCCCCUUCGGUAUGGGGAGAGAGCCACCGGGCCUAGGCACCGACUCAGACUCUGAUCACAAACCGCAGCAGAGGAGGGGGGGCGAAGGGGGUGGAGGCGAGUCCUCAGCAUCUCAGUACAUUCCCCCUAGCCCCUUCAUCAGCCAUGAGCCUGGUGGCCGGCCAGGGGCAGGCCCCCAGGGAGGAAGCAUCUCUGAGAGGCAGGCUAUGCCCAAACAGAAGCCCAGGGGAGAGUGGGAGCUGAAGGCAUCCAGCAGCCUAGGAAACAGUCAAAACCUCUUCAUCUCUGCGGCUGCCAGCGGGGGUAUCCUGAGCGGGAAGGUGGGGGGAAGCCCAGUAGCUGUGUCCUCAGCCUCGGGGGCUUCUGUGGGACAGUACCUGGGGGCCCAGUUCCCCCUCGGGGGGGCCUCUGUCCUUCAAUCCCUGUUUGGGGCCCAGACGCCCAGCACCUCGGUGAGCGGGGCCUCUCGCCUGGUCAACGGACACUCUUCCCUGGGGAGCUUCUCCAGCGCUGGGCUGGCAGGCGGAGCAGCUGGAGGUAUUUUUCACCACGUGGUGCCCUCAGUGUCGUCCCAUCAGUUUGGGGCUGUGCUGCCAGCCACAGGAGGCCUCAGCUCUCUGCUCAGUCUCUCCUCCUCCCAGCAGCAUCAGCACAUUGUCCCCCACUCAUGUUCCUCCUUCCUGGCCUCUGUGUCCUCCAACCUGCCCCUCUCACAGGCCCAGCACAGCCGCACCCAGACAGUACUGCACACUCCUCUGCCCCCCAUGCGCUCCCUUCCACCUCCCCCGCCUCUACUUAAUAUCUCCUACUCUUCCUCUGUCCCCUUUUCCUCUGAGCCCACUCCCUCGUCUCGCUCUGAGUCCUUCCUCUCCUCCCGACUGGUUUCCUCUUCCCUCCAGCAUCAGAGGGUACAGUCCUCCUCCAUCUCUCUCUCUGGCUCCUCUGCUGCUGCUUCUGCACCCCUUCCUCCUUCCUCUCGUAACUUCACAGUACACCACCCCCCUCACCUCCCCCCUCCAACCCCGGCCAGUAUAUCAGGAGGUGGGGGCAUCAUGUGGAGGACUCUGGGCUUGCCUGCUUCCUACAUGUCGUCCUCUCAGCACACCGGUUCCCGGCCUAGAUAGGGCACGGUGGGGGAGGGGGGAGAGGAAGGGGGGGGGGUGUCAGUCAGAGGGAUAAGGAGGAGAGUUCUGGUUGUCCCUGUUCUCCCCAAGCUGCUAUUCAGUCCCAACAAGGUAACUGAAGAAUAUCUACCUCAACCCAACGUAACCUAUGCAAAUGGCCAGGUGUGGACCAAGGAACUCUUUCACUGGUGCUCCUAAGCCUGUUAAAUUGCCACUGAUUUGGGACUCUAUAUACACACACACACACACACACACACACAGCUGAGAACACACACACUCUCACGUUGACACACACAGCAUGGCAUCCUGAGCGGAGUUGCGCGGUCACGGGGGUUUUUGUGUCGUGGGUUGAGGCUGACCGUAAUCCGUGAGUUGUGUACCUCCCAUCCUGAAUGAAUUGCUAUGCUGCCUGCUCUGAACAUUAACGUUAAAGAGACACAGGACAUGCACUGUUUCCAUGGCAGUAAGUUGUACAGGUACAUCACUGUCACCAUGUAACCUGGUGCUAAGUAUGAAAUAUAGAUAACUAUAUUGAGCUUUAAGACUCAAUUCAGACAUUUGAUGACAGAAGAAAGCACAGUUAGCAGUGUAGUUGUACAUGUUAUAUUACUAAAUACAGCCUGUAUAUGGCGGAAGACUCCUGUGGUACCAUCAUCCCAGUAUCAUCUUUGUUCUGUCAUUAUCUGACCACCAGGGUGCUUUCUUAGUCCCCCCCCCCCACACCCAACACACACACACACACACACACACACAGGCUGCGUUUACACAGGCAGACCAAUUCUGAUGUGAUUGGUCAAAAGACCAAUUAGUGUAAAAAAAAUAAAUAAAUGUGUCUGCCUGUGUAAACGCACAUAUACAUACAUACAUACAUACAUGCAUACAUACACAGUCUAGACCAGUUUAACCCGACUCUGUACAGGACUAGGGACCAUGCAGCUGUGACUCUGCAUCUCUAUCGCUCUGCUAGCUAACCUUUAACCCUGAUCAUUUCUUCAGUAAAUUAAAUAUGAUUUGACCACAUUAGCUUUUGGCUACAGUAUGAAACGAGAAGCUGUUGGUUCAAACACACUGGAUAACAUAUCUGUGUACCCUCACUGUGGCAACAUCCCUGGUGCAGGGACAGCACUAUAGUCAGCUCAGAGUAAAAAAGUUUUUGGUGUGAUCAUUUAUGUGAAUAACGACAGUUUCUGGAAAUGUAAUAGUAGGGUGUUCUCAUUCAUUUGAAUGCUGUGUCAAAAUGUAUGGAAGUGAACAGCAGAAGGACUUGAGGAUGUAAUGGGGAAACAGGAUUAAAUUACUGAGACAGUCAGUUGAUAAUCACUACUUAUAGAGCCAGCUAGGGAGUAGGGACCUGCAACGCAAUGUGCAUUCUUCACAAGUAGGAAUCUCAACUACUCUAACUUAAUUAAGCUUCUUGGUUUUAUAGCCCUGCUGAAACACUGAUACAAUGAAAAAUGCAGGUGUAAUUUGGGGACUCUUAAUAUUGUCCGUGUUGUAUUCAGGCAAGUCUCUGGAACCCUACCUCACGGUGUUCACAGGGGACGGGUAAACAUUUGUUUGGACGUGUUAGCUUUGGUCCACUGAAGGCUGUAGUGGUACUUUCUGCAGCCUGUCCAACCUGCACACACUGGUAUACAAACAUCCUCACCCACACACUGGUAUACAAACAUCCUCACCCACACACUGGUAUACAAACAUCCUCACCCACACACUGGUAUACAAACAUCCUCACCCACACACUGGUAUACAAACAUCCUCACCCACACACUGGUAUACAAACAUCCUCACCCACACACUGGUAUACAAACAUCCUCACCCACACACUGGUAUACAAACAUCCUCACCCACACACUGGUAUACAAACAUCCUCACCCACACACUGGUAUACAAACAUCCUCACCCACACACUGGUAUACAAACAUCCUCACCCACACACUGGUAUACAAACAUCCUCACCCACACACUGGUAUACAAACAUCCUCACCCACACACUGGGAAAUGCAUGAAUAACAACAAACUACUGGGCAAUUUUCACAUCUUUUGAUUUAUUUCAUUUCUGUAAACAUUGUACUGUGAAUGGGAGACAUUCUGACUGUUUAAUUGUGUAUAAUUUUGAUUAUAUUUAUGCUGUCACGUUUUUGUUUAUUUUGUUCUCCUGAAAUGUGUAACAGUGUAGAAUGCAAUAGGUAUAAGUGUGUACUUAACGUAGUCUGAAAACAUUGGUGCUACAAUCUGUAUAACUCUGGACUGUGCCUAAUAUUAUUUAUACAAUAUUAAGAACAUCAAUAACUGUCGAUACUUGGUGCUUCUUGUACACAGGGACGUUUUAAAUGCCAUUUUCUGGCAUUCUUUCUCGUAUUUAAAGUGUAGUUAUCAGAUUUUUGAAUUGUUGUACUAGUGUACAACUGCAGACGAUUUGGCUCAGACUUAAGACAACAGGUAACGCUCUCAUUAGAUGUGUUUUCACACAGUAUUUUUGGCAUACUGCGAAACACCCUUUUGCUUUCAGAAACUUGCCACUUGUUCAGGACUAUUUGUAAAUGUUUGUUUUUGUUUUGAUUUAUUUUUUUAACCGUUAAGUUUAAGGGUGUGUUGCUGAAUAAGAAAUGCCUAGAUUGCUUUGGGCUAUUGUUGAAUUAUUGUAUUUUUUUGGGGUGGGGCUGCUUCUCCAACCUGUCAAACAGGUUGGGCCAACACCCAAGGGAGGCAGAGUUGUUAAGCCAGUGCUUUAAUGGUGAGAAACACCAUGACUAUUCAGUGUCAAUGAGGGCUCCUCUGAGAUGUACUGUACCAGUUAAAAGUUUGGAGACUUUUUUUUGGUUACUGCAUGAUUCCAUAUGUGUUAUUUCAUAGUUUGAUCUAUUCACAAUUCUACAAUGUAGAAAAUGGUAAAUAGAAACCCUUGAAUGAGUAGGUGUAAACUUUUGACUGGUAUUGUGUAUAUUUAUCUAGAGAAACUCAACGCUUGUACUAUGUGCUUAACACAUGCUGACAGAUUUUGUGCUGAAAUUAGACUGUCUGGAUUGUAUCAGAUUUACUUUAUGCUUUUUAAAGAAAAACGUAUACUGGUGCUCUUUCAACCACACAAACCGAUUUCAGAAAAUGUUCUGGGUGCAUCCAAAAACCAAAUGUCAUCUCAUUUCUACUGCUUGUCCUGGGAUAUGUCUUAAAACUGCCUCCUUCCCAUAGCGUGAGCAUAUUACAUCUGUUUGUAAUUACAAGUUAAUUGUUCCAAUAUAACUGGUAGUAGAAUAACUAGUAGGUAUAAUGUGAGUUUGCAACAAUCAGGCUUCCUUUUGGUCUGAUUGCCAAAUGAGUCUUUAGUAAUUGAGGACAUGAAGCAGCAGGACAUUCAUUUCUCUUCAUUGUUUUGUUUGUUUCACCUAUGCCCUCAAAGAAAAAUUACUCCAAAGCAUUAGUCACAAUGUGGUUCGGUAGACAAGUGCUUUGUAACCAGGAAUGUGUAUAUCAACCCUUCUGUUCAAGUGAAGUGAGGACAAUGAUUUGUUCAUGUCAGACAUGAACCGAAAAGCGAAUUCCAUUGUUAACAGCGCUGACAGGCCUGUUUGUAAUUGUUGUUUUCAUUUUUUUCCCUUGGUGUUUGAUAUAAUCGCAGUUUAUCAAUUAUGCUUUUACUAUGACAAGAUUCAGAUCAAGUUUUAAUACUCUUAAACAGACAGUGCGGUGCUCUCCUACACGUAAAAUGAGGGAAAAUGCAGCUAUUGAUCAAUACACUUCUCCUGUUGUGCUAGAGGGGAAAGGUUUAAACUUCUACACAGGCUCUCGUUUACUUUUUAAUCUGAAAAUAUACUUCCUAGUUGGCUGGAGUGGCAAUGUGUGUGGGAGUGAGAAUAGUAUUGGGUAGUGAAUAUUGUUACUUCAGGUUUCAACAAACUUUUACAACAUGCCCCAUUUCUAAUAUGUCCACUGAAAAACUACGCCUAUGAUCUCUCUGGCAAAUAUGGAUGAAUUAUAUUGAACUCGUAUAGUGCUCUAUACAUUUUCUCAAUGAAUAACUUUCCAUUUAAUACUUUUCCACAUACCAAGACUGAAUCCUGCCAAGUGUGUCUCUCUCUCUCAGGAACUUAUCAGAUAUCUUAAUGCUAUAACACUUUGAAUAGUGUAUAUUUUCAUUUGUCUUUAAACUGGGACUUAUGUUUCUCCCUUUCUCAGGACCAGGGACCACGUUUAUAUUUUGAUGUAACUUAAAUUGGUGCUUUUGAGUUGACAAACUGCCUUAGAUGUAUGUUUUGUCUCCUCAAUUUCUCACUGUCACACACAUCCAGCCACACCAGCAAAAGACUGCAGGUUUGUUUGACUAGUCUGAAGAUGUAGUGGAAAAGCCUCAUCUCUUCCUACUCUCUCACACAUGUCUCAAUCCCUCUCGUCUUUCUCAAAAUGAAAUGUCCUUUGACCUUCAGUGUUGUGAUCCUUACAUAGGAGAACGCUGUGUAGUUGAAGGAAUUAUUUUAACUCUCAGUAAAGCCAGGGCAGGUUUGAGGUGCAAUAGGCAAACCUACUUUCCAAAACACCCUGGGUUGUCAUGGAAACUCUUGGUGUUGGUGCUUUAUCUUAAAUAUGAUUAAUGACAAAUUGAAAUUAGUUUGGCCUUUUAUGAUUAAUAAAAUGUUUUCUUAGUGUUUCA